CGAAAUGCCUUCUAGACGCGUCUACCUGUGUGGAUCGGGAUGAGCUCGGGAACGCUCGCAGCAGGGCGCGCGCGCACAGGUUCAGCACAUGGCACUCAGAUCAACACUCCUGCGCCUCACAAGAACAUCUGAACAGCUCACAUUCCGCGCGGAAUCGCUUUUUAAAACUUCUGGCAUUUUAGUAGUUCAGGAGGUUUGACUGCAUUCCAGCAAUCUCGAGAUCUAAGUACGCUUCAGACUGGAUAUAUUUUUCCUCAAAUGAUCUGGAUGAAGAUCUCCCAGGAGCAGGAAUGAAGAUGCUGACCACUUUACAAGCGGAUUUUGCGAUCGUUCUCUCAGUGUGGAAGUGUAUUGGUAUCAUUCAAGGGUGCUGAAUCGUCUUAGAAAUUGUCAAACUUUCAAGCCUCUUUCAUCACUGAACUGGAAUCAGACCUACAUUAUUGUUCUUCGAAGGGCAUCAGACCAUGACGAUUCCACUUUCCAGAACGCAGCUUGCCCUCUUCUUCAUCCUCCUUUGUCCGGUCAACAUAAUCGGGCUCUGGUGGGCAGUGGGGAGUCCCUUGGUCAUGGACCCGAAUAGCAUUUGCAGGAAGACCAAACGUCUGGCGGGCAAGCAGGCCGAACUCUGCCAGACCCAGCCGGAGAUUGUUAACGAAGUUGCCAAGGGCGCCAAGCUGGGUGUGCGGGAAUGUCAGUACCAGUUUCGCUUUCGACGCUGGAACUGCACCAGCCAGAACAAGUACUUUGGCAAAAUUCUCCAACAAGACAUCCGCGAGACGGCGUUUGUGUAUGCCAUCACAGCAGCAGGAGUCACACAUGCAGUGACGCAGGCCUGCAGUAUGGGGGAGCUGCUGCAAUGCGGCUGCGAGGCCACGCGGAGCAGAGGACCACCGCCACGGCUGGCCAGCAUGGGGCCCACAGAGGGGGUCAAGUGGGAGUGGGGCGGCUGUGGGGACGAUGUGGAGUUCGGCUACGAGAAGUCCAAGCAGUUCAUGGAUGCCAGACGGAGGAAGGGCAAGAGCGACAUACGUACACUAAUAGAUCUACACAAUAAUGAGGCUGGACGACUGGUGCGUGGUUUCAUCUUUCAUUAA